AUGACUGUGGAUGGAUCCGCUUCGCAUCGCGUGCUCGGGUGCCCCGAGCUGCUCUCGCUCGUCCUCGAGUCGUUCUCCGUAUCAGACCUCUUGGAAGACACGGUGUUAAACUCGAAACAAGACCGCCGUGUGCACAGAGCGACGCUAGCGUCGUGCGCACGUGUCUGUCGGACGUUCACGGGCCAAGCCCUCGAUGUUUUGUGGAACACGCUGGACCACCUGUUGCCUCUGCUGUGCAUUUUCCCUACCUUCAGGAGAGUCGAGGCGUACUCUCUGUUCGUUGGCGAUCUUGAUGAAGGGUGGCUCCGCUUUCAGCAGUACGCGCGCCGUGUGCGAAAUUUGAAGUAUCGGGCAAACGGGCUCAUCCAUCCGUCUGUCUGGACGCUUCUUGCGCGAAGGAACGAUGGCCCUUGUUUGCUACCGAAUUUGCAAAAGCUCUCCGCAAUGAAGAUCUCGCUCCCGGACGUCGCUCCGAUCACGCUCCUGUUCUCGCCGAAUCUACGUUCGGUCCAUCUCGCCUUCAAAGACGACGCAAGGCCCACGUCCUCUAAAGCCCUUUCUUUCAUCGCGACCGCUCUAUUCGACGAUCUCGUCAAGAACGCCGGGCCACGCCUCGAAGAGCUGUGUCUGUUCCCGAGGUUUCCACUCGUCCCUGAGCGCGUCAUUGCUCUCAAAAACUGUCCAAACCUGCGCCACCUGUUUCUGUCCGACCCGAGCUACACGAUUCUCGAUGAGGACGACAUCCGCUUUCUCACGCAGUUCACCCACCUCCGGUCUCUCUCGCUUACAAUCGCUCUAGAUGACAAUCACACGGCGGCGGAUCUUCAGCUGGGCACCGGUUUUCCGCUGCUCGAAGAGCUCUGGCUCGACGGAGACGUGUCGGACGUCACGAAGUUCAUAUGCGCUGCCCGUCCGACUAUGCUCCACUCGCUGGAGACCACUAUAGCGCGCUCAACAGACAUAGUGCAUCUGCGCGAGUACAUGUCCGAAAUAGGUGCCCACCUGCCGAGCCUGCGUUCUCUCCACAUGAGAGUCAAGGAGGUCUCCCGCGCACCCCAGACGGCUCUCGGGGACAUCAUCCGGCCGCUAUACGCUCUGAAACGCAUCAAGGAGUUCGGAUGCGACACCAACCCCUGCGUCCUGCACACGUCCGACGACGACCUCAGGGAGCUCGCGCACGCGUGGCCCCGGCUGGACUGGUUGCGCAUCGGAUGCCUGUCGCCGGUGGGCGUGCGCCGCGCGUCGAGCUUCUCCCGGCCGUCCGUCCGCGGCCUCGUUGAGCUGGCGCAACAUUGCCCGCAUCUGAAAGUUAUCGACCUUCCUGCGCUCGAUGUCGCGCAGCUGCCGCCGCCGGAGUCGGUGCCCGUGAUUGGACGACUGAUGACCGUCCUCAGGCUGGCCUGGAUGCCGGCGAACAGUUCGCCGAACGCAAACUUCAACUUGGCAAUUUUGCUCGACAGGCUGUUCCCGAAGCUCGAGAAGUUCGAGGUUGGGGAACAUGGGCAUCCUGAGGAGGCGGGACGCAACGUGUACCAGUACCUGGAGGCGAUGCAGGCAGGCCGCAAGCAUGCACGGUUGCUCGCACCAAAUGCUGAAGGGGAGGGUCACUCGUCGGAGGAGAAGGAAGAUGACGAUGACUCGGACGAUGAAGAUGACGAACAUGCAGGUGCUGUAGAAGAAUACGACUCCGACGACUCCGCGAAUCCGUGA